AUGAUUGACUCGACUGUUUUAAAGAAGAACAACGGCAUCGUGUGCAGCGCCAAAGCUACGGACGUUGGCCACAAGCUCGCGGUUUUCUUCUUGCUGCUGGUCCUCAGCCUAGGUCACUGCCAGGACAAUGAUCUUCCGUCGAGAUUCGAGAUCGAGAGCUCGAUCAACCGUACGAUCGAAGAAGUCGAGCGACAGCUCCGCGAGGACGCCAGCCUCCCCCGGCUGACGCGUCCAGAAAUAGUCAAAAUUCUACAAAACAUCACAGCGCAGGAUUUGAUGUCGUUCAUGGACAAAGAGAAGAUAGAGAAAGCUAGAAAAUUGUACCAGAGAGCCCUGAUGGUCGUUCUCCCCUACAACGCGGAAGAAUCACCCGGAAGCUUGAAGGAUCUAUACACGAAGCCACCGAUGACUCAAAUGAUCCCAGACGCAAAGCCUGAGGACGAUAAAUCCGAGAGGGACGCCUCCGUGCCUUCGCCUGUCGAGAAUCUGAUAUCCACCAGCGUGUCCUACAAGACGAGAGACCCUCAAUCCACCACCACGAUGAAGAACAAGUAUAAAAAUCACCGGGAGACGUACUCGGAGGUGCGCACGAAGGCGCCUUUAAAGGAGACGCUGAAACUGGAAUCCGCGCCGGUCAGGUUUACCUUCAACCUGGAGAACCUGCAGAGGAACUCGUACGCGAUCGAUGAAACGACCACGACCAGGUAUCCAGUUUACAGGAAUAACGGGAACAAGCAGUCGGAAUUGGAGAUCGUUUACAGCACCAGCGUCACCGAGCUGCCUACAACGAAAACCACGUCCGGAGAGAUCGCUAUCGACUUGGGGAGGCCGAAGACCAGUCAGAACGUGCUGUCGUCCAAUCAGUGGCGUUACAAUGCGCCUCCGAGCACCGCUUUCAAGCCGACCAUGGCCACCAAGUUCGACAAGGUGCCGUUUCUGCCGACCGUUAACGCGGAAUCGGAGGAUCGCGCGUCCAUGCCCUCGUCGGAGAGGCCAGAGACACCCGAUAAAGACUCGAAGAUCGCGGAACCUUUGAUCAUGAGCACCGUACGACCGACCUCUUUGUACGUGACGCCCAUGUCUACGGCGACGUCAUCGAAAGUCAAGUACAGCUCGACUUACUCGAUAAACUCCGGAGGAUUCCGCACGGCCGCGACCACCACCGCCUCGACGCCCAUGAGGCAAGAAGUCAUGGAUCUGUUAGCUUCGAUCGGCCUGAAACCGGACAACAACAGUAACGUGGAGGACGUCUACAAGAAGAACAAAGCUAUCCAGGAGAGCAAAUUUCAAAUCCCCGACACAAACAGCGUGGUUCGAGCUACGGUUUCGGGUCUGACCGCGGUCGGAGCGGAUUCCGCUUCGAUCCUCAAGCAGAACACCUUCGAGAGCCCGGGAUCGGAGAUCAGGAAAGGCGUGGACAAUCUGGCGCCGGAAGUGCAGCUGCUGUUCCAGAGGUUUGGCCUCCAGGCGUCGAACCUCGAACGAUCCACCACGACCACGCAGAGGACGACCAUCAAUUUGAACUCCUACACGAACUUCAAGCCUCUGCCCACGUCGAGCGUCAAGGACAAAGACAUGAAGGAAUUCCUGGCCAAGUUCGGGCUAGGGAUCAGCGACAACAGGAAGCAGAAAUCGAUGAGGUCGACGACGGAGGCUCCAUCGUUGAUCGAAGCAGUGCCCAGCAGUAUGAGAGGUAUUCUGGAGAACAUGGGGCUUGUUUCUAGCACUCGUAAAACGACGUCCACCACGCCAAAGAUCGAGGAGGAUAUGGAAUCUACGGAGACGUCCAAGUUCCACGUGUUCAAGCCACACGAGGUGAACGUGAACGACGAGGAGCAGAGGGGCAAGAUCAACGAGCUCCUGGACACGGUCAGGCUGGUCCAGGAGGGCAAGGCUGAUAUUCAGAAUGUUAGGAAGGUAGCCAAGGACUUGCUGGAGUCCGCGAAAGUGUUGAAGGACGGUCCAGAUCCUCUGAAGCUCGAGGAAAUUCUCAGGACUUACAAUGACGACGUCAGGAACGAGAUAAAGAGGCAACAGGAACCGGAAACGGAAACGACCACCGCCCCCACCGACGAGGAACAAACCACCUUUUCCUCGUUGUCGACAGAAUCGGCGGAAACGACGACAGAUUCGGCGAGAGACGAUUCAGAUCAGUCGGAUUCCGCCUCGAAGACGUCCACGACCGAGGCUUCCUCGACGGCUGCCUCGAACUUGAUAGCGUUGGAGGAGUCUUUCGGGGGAACGACUCGCGAACCCGACGUCGAGUUGCCUCCGAGAAGGAAGAGCGGUCUCUACUUCCUGGUGGACUGGAACUCGUUCCUCGAAGUAGGCGAGGAUAACAAGGAUAAGAUCAACUUGAGGUUCCAGCCUAAAGUCGGCGACCGGAGUAGAUUCUUGUCGGUCACUGUACCUUAG